AUGGAACACCUAAUAGUCCUCUAUCAAGAUAUGUUGAACACGCAUCCUGCCAUCACGCAAAUUUUGACCAUCGCGGCGUUGCUGCUAGCCGGCGAUGUCAUUUCCCAGACAUUCUUCCAGAAGAAGCCCUUCUUCGAUGCAAGACAAUCCGUCAACUUCUUCGUCGUCGGCCUGUUCUACACCGGUCCGAUCUCAGUGGCCUGGUUCGGCAUUGUGGAACGACUUAUCGCGAUAGACGGGGUCGCAGCCACCGUCAUCAAAGUCCUCGUAAGUCAGGUGUUUUACAGUCCAUUGUUUACGCUAGGCCUGCUGGUUGUCUACGGCCUUCUUAAAGGACAGUCCUGGAAGAACAUCGGAAAGAGCAUCAGGACGAAGUACGUUGCUCUGCUAUGUUCGAGGGUCAUCGUCUAUCCACUGGCCCAGUUCAUCAACUUCGAGUUUGUGCCCAUCGUUUAUCGUCCAAUGUACGGGAGUGUGAUCUCGUUGUUCUGGAACAUGUAUCUCUCCUGGAAGGCAAACCAGGUUCAAGCCGAACUCUCUGUUGACCCUGUUGACCCUGAGGAAAAGGACUCGUCUGAUUCAGAUUAA